AUGGUCCUCAAGCUGUACCUCAUCGCGCUGUUGUCGUUGUCGAUGCUCGUCGGGGUGUCGUCCACCCUCGAUUCGGACAACUCUCCAAAUGAGGUGCCGGGCUCGGCGACCGUCGAUGCACCCGGCCUGAUCGCUGCUACGCGCCAUUUGCAGCAGGGCUACGGCCCGAAGCCCGUGCUCUGUCGCUGCAUGAUCCCGAAAUCCGUUCGGGUGAUAAAGGCCCCUAAUAGGGGCUGCCGUGGACGCCCUGGGGGCUUCAUCGCUUGCCGUGAGAAUCGAGGGCACUUUCGGCGGCUGCUAGUUGAGCUGCAGAGGGCCAUUGAUGCCUCGUUGUACUCGCCAGAGAGAGAGCUGAUGUCGUACGAGGAGUGGCUCGUAGAAGAAUAUCCGGCACACGUGGUGCUGGUGUCGAAGGUGGAUGAGCUGUUCGAGCUCUUGCAUCAGAUCCGAGGCUCUCCGGUUUGGUCCGCCUGGUUCCUGAGGGAUCCAACGCACAGCUGCAACUGGGAGUGCCCGCCGAGGAUCUACCCCAAUGGGACGAGCAUGGAUGCCCCACCGGUCGUCGACGAUCCUCGGCGAGUUCGAGCAGCAACCGCCCCG